CAAAAAAAAUCUUAUUUUUUUUAUAUGGUGGUAUCCAAAUGGUAAUUGUAGUCCAUGUUUCCUUGCUUAACCGUCUUUAUAAGAGCAACAAUUAUACAUAAUUACAUGUAUUUUAUACGACUCGCACCGUUCAGCGCCUUCUAUUCACGAGAAGGCCGUAAAUAAUCCAUAUACGACUCACAUCGUAUCCCGUCGUAGCCUAUAAAUAUCACCUCCAUCUCCCACUCCCACCCCAACGGUCUCACCGUCCCGCCCCCUUGUCUCUCGUGUCGAGUGAUUCGUCUCCCUCCUCCCCGCUUUCCGUCGAAACCGGGUGGGUUUCCUUCUUUUGUCCUUCCGACCAUACCCCCGGAGCUCCCACGCUCCUCCUUCACGGCCAACUCCCCGAUCGGAUCGGUCUCCUCCAUCCGCCCAUCGCCGGAGAAGAAGAUACGCAUACGAAGCUCAUUUUCUUUGCUCUGGGUCCAAGAAGAUACCUUUCUCUUUCAGAUCCUUUGAUCUCUAAGGCAGCCACGGAUCAAAGAGAGAUUGAGGCGUGAGAGAGGUGUGGAGAUGGAGAUGUACUUGGAGAACAUGAAGAGCUUGCGUUCUCAGAUGCAUGUGAUUGAGGAGGAGGCAGCGAUGAGAUCCAUUGAGGAGCAGAAGCAGAAGACCUUUGUCGGGACCUUGGAAAAAGAGCUCCAGCUAGUGAGAUCAGAGACAGAGCAGUUGAAUGAGGAGGUUGAAGAGAUGGUGAAGACAAGAAGCCAUAUCAACUCUGAGAUAGCAGAGAAGCAGAGGAAGCUCUCAUCCAUGCAGAAAGAAUCCUCCGUCCUUUCCCAGACACUGGAGCUUCUUCAACAAGGAAGGGUCAUCCUAUCAGUAAAAAUAAAAGAAAAGAGAUCAUACUACUCAAAGAUCACAGAAGAGUUGAACAUUAAACUAAAGGAACAGCAGGAUUGGUUUAACUCACAUAAACAGAAAAUGAUAGAAGAUGCUCGGCCGGUUGAGGAAUAUCCCAGCAAGCCAAUGGGCAAUCAUAUUCAUGGAAGCACAAGCAUUAUGCUUUCCAAAAAAACAAGCUUGGAGAAUAUGGGACAUGAGAUGAGUGGGAGAUACAAGGACCUGAUGACUCAGUUGGAGUCUGCAAAAAAUAAGCUUGAAGAAGUAGAAGUGAAAAAAUCUGAAAUUAAUAUAGCAAGCAGCAAGUUAAAGCAGUUUGUCGAGCAACUAAAGCACCAAAUCGAGAGUGUUUCAUCUCCUUUGAAGGAAAUGGAUGAUAAUGCCCUGGAAGAGGAAUACAAAGCUCUGAUGGCUGAUAAAGCCAGAGAAAUGGAAUACCUGCAGUCUCUAAAGGAUCAGAUAAAUCAACUGGAGGGCAUUUCACAAGUUGUUACAUGUCAAUGUGGAGAGGAGUACAGGGUGGAGCUAGCUGAUGGGCAAAAGCUAGGGGUUGCAUAAAGCAGCUCUAGACCUUAACACUAUUCAAAACCAUGGGAUAGUGUGAGAAAAACUCACAGUACAGAGGUCAGCUGGGCACUAAAUACUGGUCUUUGUAUAACUGUAAAGGCAAUAUAACUGAAAAAAGAAGAAAGAAAGCAAACUGGUAGUUUUUUUGGUAGAUUUGGAUUGUAACCAGAUCUAGUAAUUUUUGCCACUUGUUUUCUUGAUUGAUGGUCGACUAAUCACGAAAGGAUGAGCCAAUUAUUGACGUGCAGAACUUUUGGUCCGUAAUGUAACUGAAAGCUGGCAAACAGCGGAAAAACGUGUGAGAUCUGAUUUAUUAGAAUGAGGAAGGAGUAGCUCAUUGUGAUUGCCA